UGAGUUCCCGCUGAAGUCUCGAGAUUCUGGAAUGAAGACGAGAAAUGGGCAACCAUUAUCUGAGUAGCAACACACUGUGAUAUUUUGUUUUCUUCCGUGUACUUGGGUUUAUUCGGCCCAAAUCACCAGCCAUUGUUCUGUUUUGGUGAUUGGGAUUUAUUGUUUUGGUACUUCCUGUAAUAUAUCACCAACAAGGACGUAUUGUGUCGUUUUAUGAAGAAGUCUCAUAUUGCUGUCAAGUGUAUCCACGGAUUUUAUGGAAAGUCUGCAAAUAACAUGUCUAAGACACUCUUGAUGCACAUGUGAAUUGAUUUAGCUAUAAAUUAAAGCGGUUUUACCGCAGUUAUCAAAACAACACUAUGUCGGCAAAAAUUGCAGAUCGCAUUGACCCUUUCACCAACAAGGCUGCCGUCAAAUCAAAGAAACAAAAGAGAUCGCAAGGAUCCUCACAUUAUCGUGCUAACACUGCACCAGAACUCCAGGCAUUACCUCAUUUGAAAGAUACCCCGCAGAAUGAGCAGCAGGAGCUGUUCAUCAAGAAGCUGCAGCAAUGCUGUGUGGUCUUUGACUUCAUGGAUCCGGUCGCCGAUUUGAAGAGCAAGGAGAUAAAAAGAGCCUGUCUGAAUGAGCUGGUUGAUUACAUCACUGCCACGCGCAAUGUUCUCGCGGAACCGGUCUAUCCGGAGAUCGUUCGUAUGAUUGCGUGUAAUAUUUUCCGAACACUUCCCCCAAAUGACAAUCCUGACUUCGACCCAGAGGAGGACGACCCAACUCUGGAAGCAUCGUGGCCACAUUUACAGCUACUGGAGCUUUUUGACAGUGAAGAUCCACGAGAGAGAGAUUUUCUCAAGACUGUUCUUCACAGGAUAUAUGGGAAAUUUUUGGGCCUGAGAGCAUUUAUUAGGAAACAAAUUAACAACAUUUUCCUCAGGUUUAUUUAUGAAACGGAACAGUUUAUCGGUGUUGGGGAACUGCUGGAGAUUCUGGGCAGCAUCAUCAACGGCUUUGCCCUGCCCCUCAAGGCCGAGCACCGACUGUUCCUCAUGAAAGUUUUGAUCCCGCUACAGUGAUGUUCCUGGGUGAGAUCGAGGAGAUCUUGGACGUGAUUGAGCCCACCCAGUUCCAGCGGAUCCAGGAGGACCUGUUCCGUCAGAUCGCCAAGUGUGUCUCCAGUCCGCACUUCCAGGGAAAAGAAGAAGGAGAAAGACCGCGAGGAGCUGUGGAAGAGGCUAGAACGCUUGGAAUUCAAUAGCAAAAAGAAUAAGAAAUCUUAACAUCACUGACUUGUAAAUUUCCUUGGAGGUGUGAAAGGCAUAGCGAGCCAUUUGUUAAUAAAUAUUUAUUUUUAUCAUCAUCAUUAUUAUAAAUAUUAUAAAUAGUGAUAUAAAUACUGGAUUUGUUCAGUUCCCCCCUUCAAGUAUAACAUAAAAAAAAAAGA